GUCUGCGGCGGCUGGCGAGGCCGGGCGGGCGGCUCACCUCAGCAGCUGGCGGAGAGAUACGCCGACUUGGCAGCCAGCCAAGCCGAAGCACUGAGGCGGAGCGAGGAGCGGGAGCGACAGAGCCGGCGCUUGCUGGACGAGAACGCGCGGCUGAGGCUGGAGAACCGGCGCCUGCGCAGAGAAAACCGAAGCCUCUUCCGCCAGGUUUUGAAGCUUCAACACCAGCAGCAGGAGGCGGAAGUGGGGGCCGAGGGCGUGGUUUCCUCUAGAGAAGAGCCCGAGGGGCCGAGCGAGGUGAAAAUCGCGCGAAUUGGUGAUGAAGACGGAAGCGGGGCGUUAAUAUAGUCUUUGCAUCUCCCCAAACCAGAUUCAAAAGGAAAUGAUUUUGUUUGUAGUAGGGAUAUUCUUCCAACUGAUGGGGUGAGGGAGAGGCCUGCCUUUUCCUAAAAGAUCAUCGUUGCUUUUGCAGAAACAGGGAACAGCGACUAUGUCCCUCUGUGUCUAGUAGUAAUGCCAAGAAAAGGUGAAGGCAGCAGGAGAAGAGGAGGACCAACUAUGAGAUCGAUCGAGCUCUUCAAGGAACUUUUGAGUUUUCAAGAGCUGAACAGAACUGUUACCAAUUAAAAGAUUUUGAAGAUGACUUAGUUAUAGGGUCGCUCUAUGUCAAAGGUGACUUGAUGGCACACAAUGCCUUGCUUGGCUCUCUUUAAUUAAGACGUCUGGGCUAGAAGACUGCUUCUGUCUGGCUAUUUGCAAUCCCCUCCUCUUCCCUCAGAAGCCUUUCAUAAUAUAACAAGGCACCAUGCUUGCAGUGAAUAGCAUAAUAAGGCGCGAUGGGACACUUUCAGAGAAGAUUAGAUGUCAAGAGGUUGGUUGCCAUCACUUUUGACAGAAUGGAAGUUCCUGUGAAUCAGUUAAACAAAACCCUUAGAACAACAAGAAAUAGAUCUUGUACAUAAGAACAGGUGGCUGUUCACUGAAUUUGAAGGGUAAUCAUGUACAGUUAACAAUUUUUUCCAAAGCUCAUGUAAAAUUUAUUGAUGAAACACUGGAUUUCCACUGACAGUUGUAUGUAGAUGACUGUUUUGUGUAUUAAUUGCCUACUUUCUUGGACUUCUUGAUUCUUGGGAUGCAAUGGUUAUAGGUUAUUACCACUCCUGCUGGCAUGUUGAGCUUCAGAAUAAAAAUAUUACUGUUGA